AUAUUAGAAUUGCACGUUUACUUGUCAUUUGUGCAUUACCCGCCUAACAUAAAAAAUUAUUGGUUAUCAUGGAUAAAGUAGUUAAAUUCUGCGAACCUGGUCGUGCCUUCGCCAAGGACUCCAUUCGUUUAGUGAAACGUUGCACCAAGCCUGAUCGCAAAGAAUUCCAAAAGAUCGCCAUUGCCACCGCUAUUGGUUUCUGUAUCAUGGGCUUCAUUGGUUUCUUCGUGAAACUAAUUCACAUCCCCAUCAACAACAUCAUUGUGGGCUCAUAAAUUGCACGGCGGCUGCAUCAGCUGUAUUAUUUCGUACAUUCAUACUUAUCUAACGAUAGUUAAUUUACAUUUACUCAAAUUUUGUUUGUAUAAAACAUUGAAAUGAGUUUAUUUUUCAUUUAGCAAUAAGAGAUUAAAUAUUUGCUUGUGCAGAGAUUA